CAGAACUAGCCCAAAUGCAUUUUGCGUCGAUAUACUAGAGGACCACAACAUAUCUUUAAUUCUUGUAAUUUAUGCGGUCUUGCGGAGAAGAACAUUGGUUUAUGUGGAUGUAACUUUGUUCCCCUGAUUGUAACUGCUGGAACAGUGGACGGCUGCUGGCUUCCAGAGCGCUCGCUGUCAGAACCGCGGGGCUGCGCGUUGACAGAUAACGGGGGCGCGCUUCAACGUCGGAAAAUGUGACACACAGUCCAUGCAGGAGAUGAUGUGAACUCUGAUCUCUGGCGGUUGGUGUACUGAUGAUGACGAAGCUAACCGUACUAAACUGUUGACCCAUCCUUCUGCCUCUGAACAGGUCCAAGCACCACCAUGCCUCAGCCAGGUAGCAGUGGGAUGGAGCCUGUCUUUGGUGAGGCCUAUGGGACCAACGGGUUAUCUGUGACCUUAGAGCCAUUCACCAUCUCUCCUACAGGGGGCAGUACAGAGUCAGACAACGUAGUGUCCUAAGGGUGUGGUGGUGAUGUUGGGGGCCCCAGCCCUGUCCCUGUGUCGAGGCCAGCAGCCUGGAUGUGAGCUACUCAGUGAUCUCUUGGAGGAUGUGAUCACUGACGACACACACACCUCCGAGCGUCGCUGGGACAUCUCGGCCCUGGAUGACAUCACACACUACGCCAAAGGCAGCCCAGAGGGGGCACCACCGAGCUGCGAGAGCUCCUCCGUCUCACCUGAGGGAGGCAGAGAAGAACCAUGGUUAUCCCUGAGACCAGGGGGCAGGCAGCUGAGGAACCCCACAGACCUCACACCCUGUGUAGGGUUGGGGGCUGGACACCUCCUCCUGGCUGGUAGAUAUCCGGAGUCCUGGAGCCAAGAGGCUGGAGGGCGGGAGAGUGAAGCUAGGGAAGGGCUGCAGCAAGUGGGGCAGGAAGAGAUGGUGCAUAACUACUCUCUACAGAGUGAGCCAGACACUGAGUCUAGUCAAGGAACAGACAGCGAUAUUGGAGAGGAAGAGGAGGAGAAGGAGGAAGAUGGGAAAGAGGAGAAGGGGAGAGAAGCCAUGGAGGAAGAGAAUGGGAAGGAAGAGGAGGAGCUUCAGUCCCAUAAGAGACAAAAGAAACGCCGGCAUUACUGGGAAUGUAGCCUCUUCAGUGAGGCAGACCUGGGGAGAGAUGGAGAGAAAGAUAGAGGGAGAGCCAAAGAGAGAUAUGAAGAAAGAGAUGAAGAUAAAUAUGAAGGGGAUAUAAUCUGGGGCCCUAGCACCCUACCCACCACCUUGUGCCUGAAAGAGGGGACCUCCACCAAUGGUAAGCGAGGCCAGAGGAAGGCCCGUCGUACAGAUGCCAGUGACCUGACCCCCAGCCCUGGGAAGCUACAGAGCUUGGGAGAGCAGCUCCAUACACUCAGCUCUGCUCUGGAGGGCCUGACUCCUGUCAGUGACCUGCCUGUUACUGCCAGGGCCCCAACACGAAAGGAGAGGAACAAACUGGCCUCCAGAGCAUGUCGGCUGAAGAAGAAAGCCCAGCACGAGGCCAACAAAAUCAAACUGUGGGGUCUGAACCAGGAGUAUGAUGGCCUGUUGUGGGCAGUGCUGCAGGUAAAGGAGCUGAUCCGCCAGAGAGUGGAGAGCAGAGAGGAAGACACAGAGAGAGGAUGUCUGAGAGAGAGACUGGAGGACAUUCUGAAGGAAUCAGCUGGGCCACGUGUAGCAGGACGAGGCAAAGCGUUUGUGGAGAGGAUCUUGAAGAACCCUGCCGGGGGACAGAGCACCAGAGAGGCUAAGGGAGAAGGGGGGUCAUCAGACCCUAGCCACUAACCUCUUCUCCCCACCAGAGUCACUAUCUCGCCCCUUCUUGCUUCACUUUGCACUUUCUAACAUGGAGAGAAGGUAGGGCGGGCGGGCAGACAGACAGACAGACAGACAGACAGACGGUGUGUCUUGGCCUCUAGCUGUUACAGUAUAGCUGAUGAGUGUCUCAGAAUAUUAACGUGUGGCAUGCUUGUUUAAGAUUGUGUGCGUGUGAGGGAGGAAGUGUGCAUAAUUCCAGUGUAUCUAUUGCAUUAUGUACUAUAGUAUAUACCAUCGUGCCUAAAGGAGGACACUGUGUGCUGCUAGCUAGUCGUAGUUAUACACUAUCUAUUAUGGAAGAACAGGGAGAGGAGUGACAGUGAGUAUGGUGCUUAUAACAGUGGACAUGAUGACUAAGCUGUUUAUCUUGACGUCCAUUUUGAAUCGUACUGUAAACCAAAAGUGCAUAGAUAAACAGACAGACAGGGGGAAGGACUUUGGCAUCACGUGAAUGUUGCACAGUGCUUCUCAAAGAUGCUGAAUGCUGCUUGCAUGGUCGUUUUAUAUGUCUCUGCAUUCCUUACAAAGUAAAUGAUGUUCCUCUACAGAUCCUCUUUAAAACUGAUGUCAUAAUGUACUGUACUUCUCUACAGAUGAACCUGUGUAGAGAGGAUUAAAAAAAACUUCAACCAGGGAAACCCCCGUCCUCAGGAGGGCCCUGUGUUUGCUGGUUUUAUUUUCUUCCUGCAAAUCAGUGACUGAACUGCUACCUGGGAAACCUGGACCCAUGUUCACAAAGAAUCUCAGAGUGCUGAUCUAGGAUCAGUAGAUCAUAAUUAAUAGGAUUACAUGGACAGGGGGAGACCUAAUCCUAGAUCAGCAUUCCUUCCCUGAGACACUUUUUUAACAUGGGCCCAGGCGUGUCUUCUCUCGUCAAUGAGUGCCACAGUCCCACAGGGAGAAGAGAGAACAGCGGACACUGCUGCACCCCUGAGUACCAUAGUUGUCCAUCCAUGUCCUAAACCCACAGUACUGUAACUGUUAGAGAGAUCCACAUCAAUGGUUUCAAAUCUGAUUCAUACAUUUCAUAUAUCUGAUGAAUCUAUCUGAUUUUUCAUCUGAUUCAUCUAUUUAGGUCCAUUGUGCUUUUUGUAGCCUGUGCCUUUGAAUGUUCUUAGAGAGCAAUAUAUUAAUACGCACACCACCACAUCUCUCUCUGCUUCUCUUUGUGCUGCUGAGAAUAUAGAAAACACAACUCAUUCAGAGAUAACAAAUACCCUCCCAUACAAACCUGAGCGUUUACUAUUUUCUCAUUUGCAAAAUGGAGUGAUUUUUGAGAGGAAAGGUGUAGUGUGGCCAUUCGGUCAGUAUAGUCCCUAUAAUCCCAGGCCUGUAUUCAUAAAGCAUUUUAAAAUGCUGAUCUAGGAUCAUUUUAGAUCAUGAUGAAUAAGAUUACUUGGACAGGGAGGACCUGAUCCUAGAUCAGCUUUUAUUUACAUUUAAGUCAAGCUAGCUAGUUGUGACACUCCUGCAAUAGGACUCUUUAGGGAUAUGGACCCAGAGCUUUCCUUCACUCCAAGUCCUGUCAUUGCACUUCACAUACUUGAAUGUAGGAGCACAGUAGUCUAUUUACUUGAAAGAUGGAGCACAUUGAGAAAUACAAGGUCCUGCUACAGUAUGUUACUGUAUUACUGACACUGCAGGGGUCAUGAACUGCCCGGCCACAGAUCUUGGCAAUAAUCCUCAAUUGGAUGGACGAGUGACCAUAUCUUCAAUUAAUCCCAAACAAUAAUGGAACUGCUCAUAAAAGUAUUAUGUCUUAACAUGGACGAGUGACCAUAUCUUCAAUUAAUCCCAAACAAUAAUGGAACUGCUCAUAAAAGUAUUAUGUCUUAACAUGGACGAGUGACCAUAUCUUCAAUUAAUCCCAAACAAUAAUGGAACUGCUCAUAAAAGUAUUAUGUCUUAACAUGCGUGCACAAACACACACAUGAAAAGAAGUGAUACAAAAAAAAUAACAUGUCAUAUAGAUGAUCAUAACUAAGAAUUGAGAAGUUUGCACAUUUAUUGAAUUUAUAGAUUUUGAAGAAGUACUGUAUAUCAUGAUCAAGGGAACAGAUUUGUCUGGGAAAUUAACAUGUAAGGAGUUAUAGGCCUUAACAGACCAUUUAUAGGCCUUAGCAGACCAGUUAUAGGCCUCAGCAGGCCAGUUAUAGACCUUAGCAGACCAGUUAUAGACCUUAGCAGACCAGGCCUUAACAGAACAGUUAUAGGCCUAAGCAGACCAGUUAUAGGCCUUAACAGACCAGUUAUAGGCCUUAGCAGACCAGGCCUUAGCAGACCAGUUAUAGGCCUUAGCAGACCAGUUAUAGACCUCAGCAGACCAGUUAUAGGCCUUAGCAGACCAGUUAUAGGCCUCAGCAGACCAGUUAUAGGCCUCAGCAGACCAGUUAUAGGCCUUAGCAGACCAGUUAUAGGUCUUAGCAGACCAGUUAUAGACCUUAGCAGACCAGUUAUAGGCCUCAGCAGACCAGUUAUAGGCCUCAGCAGACCAGUUAUAGGCCUCAGCAGACCAGUUAUAGGCCUCAGCAGACCAGUUAUAGGCCUCAGCAGACCAGUUAUAGACCUCAGCAGACCAGUUAUUGGCCUCAGCAGACCAGUUAUAGACAUUAGCAGACCAGUUAUAGGCCUCAGCAGACCAGUUAUAGACCUUAGCAGACCAGUUAUAGGCCUCAGCAGACCAGUUAUAGGCCUCAGCAGACCAGUUAUAGGCCUUAGCAGACCAGUUAUAGGCCUUAGCAGACCAGUUAUAGGCCUUAGCAGACCAGUUAUAUGCCUUAGCAGACCAGUUAUAGGCCUCAGCAGGCCAGUUAUAGACCUCAGCAGACCAGUUAUAGACCUUAGCAGACCAGUUAUAGACCUUAGCAGACCAGUUAUAGACCUUAGCAGACCAGUUAUAGACCUUAGCAGACCAGUUAUAGGCCUCAGCAGACCAGUUAUAGGCCUCAGCAGACCAGUUAUAGGCCUUAGCAGACCAGUUAUAGGCCUUAGCAGACCAGUUAUAGGCCUCAGCAGACCAGUUAUAGACCUUAGCAGACCAGAGGCAGUUGUUCCAGAAAGCUGUGUAUUGUCGAGUUAUCUGCUAAAAUACUUAUUCCCAGUCUUACUUAAGCCUUAACCUAUUCAUCUGAGCUUGCAGUAGUUAACAUGUAAUAAGCCAUUUGUAAUGUGUUAACCCUUUAUAAACAUGUAUGAAACAUUUAUUAGCUUUGGGACUAUGCAUGAAAAAGAGAAACACACAAAAAAAGUGUCAUACAAAUAGAAACAUAUUGUUUUGUUCCGUCUGUUCAGUCCGUUCAGUCUUUUCAGUCUGUUUAAAUGUAUAUUUUACUAUCUUGAAGCUGCUGCUAUGUCAAUAAAAAUCUAUAUUCUUAAAA